CCCAAAAUCAGACCCUAGACAAAAGAUCACAGGGUUUUCGGUUAAGCGAGCCUCAAUUAUAUAUUGUCCAUGUUCUCAGACAACAUUGUGGCCUUGGAGACUGAAAUAGAAACUAGGAAACCUGAUAAUGCGGAGGUGAAGCUUCCUUCCGCAGGUGAGGAAUCCGAGCAGCAGAAGCAGAGCCGUCGUCAGUGUGUUUGUGUCCGUCUGUUAGUCUCCAUCAUCAGUCAUGAACCUGCUGCUGCUGCUGCUCUGUGUCCUGCUGGAGAUCCUGGCCGUCAGCUGUCAGGAUGUGAUACAGGCUCGUAUUGUGGGCGGAUACGUCCCUGCACCAUACUCCAUCAAGUACAUUGUGUCAAUUCAGAGUGCCACGGGCCAGCACUUCUGUGGCGGGACUUUAAUUAACAAAUACUGGGUGCUGACCGCAGCACACUGCAACAUAGGGGAAGCGAACAUGAGGAUCGUGGCUGGAGAUUAUUCAGUGGGAUUAUAUGAGGGGAUGGAGCAGUUUCGCAGGCCUCAUGUUUUAAUACCUCACCCACAAUAUGACAGAAGCACCAAUAACGCAGACAUCAUGCUCAUUAAGCUGCAGUCUCCAGUCUAUUUGAACAGCUAUGUGUCUCUGGUGCCGCUGCCACGCCAGGACGCAAUGGUAGCCGUGGGUCGCCUAUGCAGCGUCUCCGGCUGGGGUUUCACCACUCCAACGGGAGGCAUCUCUUCAAUCCUGCGCACAGUAAAGCUCCCCAUCGUGUCCACCGCUGUGUGUAACGGCACCGACUCAUUCAACGGAAACAUCACCGAGAACAUGAUCUGUGCAGGGUACAGUACAGGAGGAAAAGACGCAUGCAAGGGGGAUUCUGGAGGGCCUCUGGUGUGCGAGGGCCGCGUCUAUGGCAUCGUGUCCUGGGGCAACGGCUGCGCUGAUGCCCAGUAUCCCGGCGUCUACACAGCAGUCUCAAAGUUUCGCCAAUGGAUUGAUUCAACUAUAUUUGGCUUUUAUGGAAGAUGCCUUACGGACUAAACCCCAGUGUUACCUCAGCACUCCCCCUAAACAAACUUGAAACAUGCCAACUUGUACAAGCUUACUUCUAUUUUGAAAAGUUAAGUUUUCAGACGAGUAACACCGCUGUUCGGAAACGGGACAUUUGUUCCUCAACGUCUGGUAGAGAUUUUUUUAAACACAUUACAGUAGUUUGUAUGUUCGUCAAAUGUGCCAUAUUGCUGCUUCUCUGUAAAGUUGUUGAAAACUAACCUUAGGAGGCUGAAGGAAUGCUUUCUGAAAAACCCAACAACUACUAAUUAUUUUAAAUGAAAUGGUACAUGUGAGCAGGGGCGGACUUAACUAAUAAGCGAGGUAGCCAAGAAGCCUAUAUUAAUCAUAUAGCUCUUUUAUAAUUUGUUUUAUCAUACAGCAUACUGUAAAAUCUGGUUGUAAUCAUUAAGAUUUGAAAGUUAUUACUUAUUUUAAUGUUAUUAUGAAAUUUAUUGCAUUUAAUUUUAGAUUAACAAGAUCAAGGUUCGGUUUAUUUACUAAAAACAACAACAAAACUAAUCUACAGAGAAAAGAAAUAUCUAUGGAGAAAGAGAAUGUUUUGAGUUUCAAUGUUUGGGCCCCGUACCAGGAAUUGCUUAGGGCCCGCAAAUCAAGUCCACCCCUGCAUGUGAGUAACUACUUAACUUAAAAAUGAACGCAAUCAAACAGAUUUUGAUUUGGACCCUAAGAAUCCAG